CCUUGUUCCUCAUCCCUGAAUCAUCGUCUUUGAAAUUAUAAGACAUGGAGGAUGAAGAUAAGACAGUUGGAUGUCAGGACUCAAAGCCAUCCACUGGGACCAGUCACACAGCUUCUGAGCAUCAAGGACCACAGGAAGAGAGAGCCAUGAACCUCAAAGGGGUAGAUGGGAAUGAGCCAACAGAAGACAGUAACCUGCUGAACAGUGGUGAGAAUAAGCUCCCGGAAUUGGCAACAGAAUCCGGUCACUUGCAGAAUCUGAGACGAAUACUGGCUUGCCCUCCACAUGGCUCGCUGGGCAAAGUGAUAACACACGGUACCAUGGUGGUUCUUCUAUGGGCUGUGGUUUGGUCAGUCACCGGCCCUGAGUGUCUUCCUGGAGGAAAUCUGUUUGGAAUCCUAACCCUGUUCUAUUGUGCUGUCGCUGGAGGGAAAGUUUUUGGACUUAUUAGGUUACCGACAUUGCCUCCUCUGCCUCCUCUUCUUGGAAUGCUGCUUGCUGGGUUUCUCUUGAGAAAUGUCCCAGUCAUCAGUGAAAAUGUCCGGAUCCAGCACAAGUGGUCCUCUUCUUUGAGAAGCAUAGCCCUUUCUGUCAUCUUGGUUCGUGCUGGCCUUGGUCUGGACCCAAAGGCACUGAAGAAACUGAAGGGGGUGUGUGUGCGCCUGGCCAUGGGUCCCUGCAUCGUGGAGGCGUGUACUUCUGCCCUUCUUGCACACUUCCUGAUGGGUUUGCCUUGGCAGUGGGGCUUCAUACUGGGUUUUGUCCUAGGUGCUGUGUCUCCUGCUGUCGUGGUGCCUUCCAUGCUCCUUUUGCAAGAAGGAGGCUACGGGGUUGAAAAAGGCGUCCCUACUUUGCUCAUGGCCGCUGGCAGCUUUGAUGACAUUUUGGCCAUCACUGGCUUCAACACAUGUCUGGGUGUGGCCUUUUCCACAGGGUCUACAGUUUUUAACAUCUUCAGGGGCAUUUUGGAGGUCGUAAUUGGCGUAGCUACUGGAAUUUUUCUUGGGUUUUUUAUACAAUUCUUUCCAAGCAGUGACCAGGACAACCUUGUGUGGAAGCGAGCCUUCCUGGUCCUGGGCUUUGCUGUGUUAGCUGUGUUCAGCAGUGUGUAUUUUGGCUUCCCAGGGUCUGGAGGACUGUGCACAUUGGUCAUGGCUUUCCUUGCAGGCAUGAGAUGGAGUGACAAGAAGUCAGAGGUAGAAAAGAUCAUUGCAGUCACCUGGGAUGUUUUCCAGCCCCUUCUGUUCGGCCUGAUUGGAGCCGAGGUAUCUAUUGCAUCUCUUAGACCAGAAACUGUUGGUCUUUGUGUUGCGACCCUCAGCAUUGCUGUAUUGAUACGAAUUUUGACUACAUUCCUGAUGGUGUGUUUUGCUGGUUUUAACAUAAAGGAAAAGAUCUUUAUCUCUUUUGCAUGGCUUCCAAAGGCCACAGUCCAGGCUGCCAUUGGGUCUGUGGCCCUGGACAUGGCGCGAGUCCAUGGAGAGAAGCAGUUGGAAGCCUAUGGGAUGGAUGUGUUGACAGUGGCCUUCUUGGCCAUCCUCAUCACAGCACCAAUUGGAAGCCUACUGAUUGGUUUGCUGGGCCCCAGACUUCUUCAGAAGUUUGAACACCAAAAUGAAGAGGAAGUUCCAGGAGAGACUUCUGCACACGUUCAGAGGAAGCCUGGGGACUCCAUUACAGAAGCGUGA